AUGGGUGCCAUUGCAACAGGUCGAGUCGAUACGACUCAGCGCGUCCAGUUACUUCGCCAGCUCAUGUCAAAGCAUGGCGUGACUGCAUACGUUAUCCCUUCGGGCGACGAGCACGCUUCCGAAUACCCUGCUGAGUCGGACCUACGCAGAGGCUACAUCACUGGCUUCACGGGCUCUGCCGGCUCUGCCGUGGUCACCACCAACAAGGCGCUCCUCUUUACAGAUGGGCGGUACUUCCUCCAAGCCGGUCAACAGCUUGAUCCUUCCGUGUGGACGCUCAUGAAGCAGGGUGAGCCCAACGUGCCUACAUGGCAAGAGUACCUCUCCAAGAACCUCCCCGCCAACUCCAAGAUCGGAAUGGACGCUUCACUCAUCUCUGCCGAGGACGCCAAAGAUAUCACUGCUGAACUCACCAGGAUCGGCUCUAGCCUUGUGCCCAUUCGUGAGAACCUUGUCGACCAGGUUUGGGCCGACCGCCCUGCGCGACCGGGCCAGCCCAUCUUUGUGCUCAAGGACGAGAUCGCCGGUCGUUCUUCGUCGGACAAGAUCCGCGAAUUGCAGGAAGAGAUCAAGAAAAAGUCGGCUCAAGGCUUUGUGGCCAACAUGCUUGACGAGGUCGCAUGGCUCUUUAACCUUCGUGGAACCGAUGUUCCCUACAACCCUGUCUUCUUUUCUUUUGCAAUGGUGCUUCUCGACAAGGUGCUGCUCUACGUCAACGACAAUCAGCUUACCGAGGAUGUCAAGAACAGCCUUGGGUCCGAAGUCACCCUUCGACCUUAUGCUGAAUUCUACAACGACCUUCACAAGAUCGGUGCUGAGCUUGGCGAAGGACACAAGAUCUUGAUCGGCAAGAGUGCAUCGUUAGCCGUGCAGGAGGCUCUUGGUGGGGCAUCCAAGGUCGAGAUCGUUCGAUCUAUCGUGGGUGACCAGAAGUCAAUCAAGAACGAGGUCGAGCUCCAAGGUUUCCGUCAGAGUCACAUUCGCGAUGGAGCUGCACUGUGCCAGUACUUUGCCUGGCUCGAGGAACAGCUUCACGCCGGCAACAAAGUGACUGAAUCACAGGGUGCCGAUAAACUUAGCGAGUACCGUCAGUCGCUCGACCACUUCCGAGGCGAAAGCUUCACCACCAUCUCGUCAACCGGCCCUAACGGUGCCAUUAUCCACUACAGUCCCGAUCCGUCGAGCUGUCCUGCUAUCGAUGUCAACGAGAUCUACCUCUGUGACUCGGGCGCUCAGUUCACGGAUGGCACAACCGACGUCACACGUACAUGGCACUUUGGAAAGCCUGCACCAGAACAGAUUCGCGCCUUCACCCGCGUUCUGCAGGGACACAUUGCUAUCGACCGAGCCAUUUUCCCCAAGGGAACCACUGGCUACCUUCUUGACGUGCUCGCGCGCCGCGCACUCUGGGAGGACGGCCUAGACUACCGUCACGGAACAGGUCACGGUGUGGGUCACUUUCUCAAUGUCCACGAGGGUCCUCAAGGUAUCGGAACACGUGCCGUGUUCAACGAGACCAGCUUGAAGGAAAACAUGGUCAUCUCAAAUGAACCCGGUUACUACCAAGACGGAAAAUGGGGCAUUCGUAUCGAGAACUUGGUCAUCGUACGUCCCGCCCAAACGCCCAACAACUUUGGCAGCAAAGGCUACUUGACUUUCGAACACCUGACUAUGUGUCCCAUUCAAGUCUCGCUCGUCGACCCUGACCUCCUGACCAAAGAGGACAAGCAGUGGCUCAACGACUACCACCAGGAAGUCUACGACAAAGUCGCACCCCUCUUGCAGAAAGAUAAGAGGGCUCUCGAAUGGUUGCACAGGCAAUGCGCCGCCCGUGUUUAA